AGUUAUGUCGAAUUUUAACACCUUUGACAGUUUGUCUUCGGAGUAUUUGUGAAUAUUUUUCUGAUUUUAGUCUGUUUCUGUCUCGGAGGGAUUGGAGAUGACAACGCUGAAUGUAAGAGGCAGGUGGGAGAGAGAGAGAGAGAGGGCUGAGAGAGAAGGGAAAAGGGACCGUGUGAUUUCAACGGUUUUUCUCCAAAGACAUGUGAAAUAUAACUAACCCUUCGCGGAUGUGUGCUAGCGAAUAACACAUAUUAUGUCCCUGAAUGUUUUAUUUUCUUUGUUUUUACCCUCGUGCAUGAGUGAUUAAUUAAAAUAAUGGAUUUCUUGAAUUUCUCCGGGGUGGUGGACGAGCAGAAUACCACAUACACCAACUCAUCGGCUACCGGGGACAGUGAGUACUCUCUCCUCUCCAUAACCGGACUGACGGUAGUCGUCGGCUUUCUCAUCCUGUUUACCAUUGUGGGCAACGUGCUGGUGGUCAUCGCCGUGUUGACCAGCCGCGCUCUCAAACCGCCGCAGAACCUCUUUCUGGUGUCCCUGGCCAGCGCGGACAUCCUAGUGGCUACUCUCGUCAUGCCUUUCUCUUUAGCUAAUGAACUCAUGGGCUACUGGUUCUUCGGGAAAGUUUGGUGCGACAUCUACUUGGCGUUGGACGUUCUCUUUUGCACGUCGUCUAUAGUUCACCUGUGCGCUAUCAGUCUCGAUCGUUACUGGUCGAUCACCCAGGCGAUAGAAUACAACCAGAAGCGGACGCCUACACGGCUAAACGGGAUGAUCGUGGUGGUCUGGCUGAUCUCGGCGGUUAUUUCCUUUCCGCCGUUGAUCUCCAUGGACAGGAGCAGCGGAGGGGAGAUUAGUCCUCAGUGUCGGCUGAACGAUGAGACCUGGUAUAUUCUCUACUCCAGCAUAGGAUCCUUCUUCGCUCCCUGCGUUAUCAUGAUACUAGUGUACAUCAGGAUCUACCAGGUUGCUAAGACGCGGACGAGGACCAUGUCGGAGAAGAAGAGAGAGGUGGAGGACAACGGAACUGCCCCGUUACACUUUAACGGGUUAGGGCAGGGGGGCGAGGAGGAGGGGUGCGGAGGAUCUCUGAAGGAAAACGGUGGCGGCGGAGGGGUUGCCCGGGAGAACGGGCACUGCCAGAGCCAGCAGAAGACGCCGGUGCCACAGGGGAUGUUACCCAACGAACCCAAAUUAACCCCCGACCCCGACGAUGGAGACGACUUUGACGACAGCAGCUCGUCCGACGAAAAACCCACAUCCGCCAAAAAACAUUCCUCUUCCUCUUCCUCUUCCCAUCAGCAUCAACACCACCACCACCACCACCACCACCACCAUCACCAUGACGACAAGAAGGAUUCCAAACCUUCAGAGAGAAGGAAGUCCACAGGAAGCAGGAAGAGCAGCUUGGCUUCGUCCAAACGCUCAGAGAGCAAGAAGUCGCGUGCCAGCUCUAAGUCCAUCGAGCUGUUUUCGUCCCGUAGGAAACGGCGGAGCACCGUCAACAGGAACAAAAUAACAGCGGCGAGGGAGAAGAGGUUUACCUUCGUCUUGGCGGUGGUGAUGGGCGUCUUCGUGAUCUGCUGGUUCCCCUUCUUCUUCAGCUACAGCCUGUAUGGAGUGUGCCGGGCGCCGUGUGAGAUCCCCCAGUCUCUUUUUAAGUUCUUCUUCUGGAUAGGCUACGUCAACAGCUCCCUCAACCCCGUCAUCUACACCAUCUUCAACCAGGACUUCAGACGAGCAUUCCAGAAGAUUCUAGUCUGCAAGUCAGGGAAGAGGUCUUUCUGAAC